CAGAGAGGCAGAGCAGGGAGUGGGCGGGGGGAACAGAGGACGGAGAAAGAGACAGAGUGGCGAGAGGAGAGAGGCAGCGUCUCACUGAUGCUGAGUCACAUUACAGAGGGACCACAGCCGCAUCCCAUGAGUCUUUGGGAAUCAUGGAGGAGCUCGAGCACACCUGCCCCCAUCCGCGGACGACUCUGACAGAGCCUGCCAUCUUUGCCCGGGAGACCAGUUGUGAUUGUCGCGCCCCUCAUGAGAAACUCACUAUUGCUCAGGCCCGCAGGGGCACCCCAGUGGACCGGCCAGUCAGAGUCUACGCAGACGGCAUCUUUGACCUGUUCCACUCUGGACACGCUCGUGCUCUCAUGCAGGCCAAGAACCUCUUCCCCAACACCUACCUCAUAGUAGGAGUGUGCAGUGAUGAGCUGACCCAUAAGUACAAAGGUUUUACAGUCAUGACGGAGCUUGAACGAUACGAAGCGUUGAGGCACUGCCGCUAUGUCGACGAGGUUCUGAGAGACGCACCCUGGACUCUCACACCGGAGUUCCUAGAGAAACACAAGAUCGAUUUUGUGGCUCACGAUGAUAUCCCAUACUCCUCAGCAGGAAGUGAGGACAUUUAUAAACACAUCAAGGAGGCAGGGAUGUUUGUGCCGACACAACGGACAGAGGGAAUCUCAACAUCUGACUUGAUCACCAGAAUCGUCAGAGACUAUGACGUCUACGCCCGACGCAACCUCCAACGUGGCUACACGGCUAAGGAGCUUAACGUCAGCUACAUCAACGAGAAGAAGUACCGGCUGCAGAACCAAGUGGACCGAAUGAAGGAGAAGGUUCGCACGGUGGAGGAGAAGAGCAAACAUUUUGUUUACCGUGUGGAGGAGAAGAGUCACGACCUCAUUCAGAAGUGGGAAGAGAAAUCCAGAGAGUUUAUAGGCAACUUCCUAGAACUUUUUGGACCUGACGGUACCUGGAAACAGGUGUUUCAGGAGCGCAGUGGACGAAUGCUGUCCUACGCUCUGUCUCCCCGAGAGUCGCCUUGCAACAGCCCUCCCCGCGAACUGUCCCCCCUGCGCUCUCCCUCACCCCCGUCUCCCCCCGUCCGCUGGCACAACGCACGGCCCUCGCCCCCAACCUCCCCCAAAGGAGCAUCUGCCUCGAUAAGCAGCAUGAGCGAAGGUGAUGAAGAUGAGAAGUAGAUGGACUGUUGAACACACACACGCAUACACACACACACACACACACACACACUUCACUCACAAUGCACUGCCUGAGAACUGCUCACACACACACACACACACACACACACACACACACACACACAGUCACACACACUCCGACAAACACUGGCUGGAUACUGAACAGUUAUCCUCAAGGGAGACGGCGAUCAUGGGAAAUGUAGUUCUUUGCUGCGGAGCCGAGAAGCCAUCACUGUCUCUGUUGUCUGGGCAACCAAGCAGACAGAAGCAAGACAAAGGAAGGAGAGGAUUUACGAACAUGGUGUCACAUAUCGUACGCAGGUGCGGAACGCUUCGCAGCAUCUUUCGGGAGGAUUUGCUUCGGAUUGUCCAGCGCUGAUAGAGACUGUCUGACAGCCUGCUCAUGACAUCACCUCAUCGCUUUAUGUCCUGUUCUGUUUAGUUUAGCAUUUUUACUGAGAUGCCAAGAUUUCUUGUAACUACUGUGAUCACCACAUGUGAAUAGGCACAAUGUUGCAGAGCAUUGUGGGUAUUGUUCAGUUCAACAGGUCACGUGAAUCAACGGGAACUGGAUUCAUUAAUCACUGAGUUAUUUUGUGCUUGUUGAACUGAGAGUAAGGAAUAAAAGAAAAGACACUG